CCACCAACUUCACGUAUCAUUAUUUUAUACUAGAAUCGUAUACGCCAACCAGUCUUGCGGCUUGCGGUCCCUCCAGUAGUGAGUUUUACUGUCCUCUCUAGGCCAUAUUGAUUUUCGACAAUGAAGUGAGAUGAAGAAAAGGUGUGGUUAAUUUGCGCCUUUGACAUGUGUUAUCGUAUUGGCGUUGCGUUCUGCGCGCACAUCAAUUAACACGGAAAAGUUCCAGCCUCCGUGGAUGGAAAAAAUGUCGUCGCGGGAAGCGCGCGUGUGUGCUGUGAAAACGUGAAGGGCCAGCGAGACCGCGGCCUCCUGGCCGCACCUCAAUAGAAGGAAUGUUUUGAAGCCUCAUUUUGGGCCCCAAAGAAAUUUAGGUUAUGCUAGUAUUAACCAGAUUCCAAAUACCGCUGCUGCCAGUCCGUCCUAGGUAGCAGCGUCUUCGAGACCAAUCAUUAGGAUCAUCCUUACACCGUCAGACUGAUACUUCAGUAGACUACAAUAGAGUCUUCGGAAUCACUUCCAGAAGACUUUAUCCAGAAGCAGCUAUCUGUGGAAAAGAUUUCAGAGAAUGAGUAGCUGGACAGAGAGAAUGCAUAGGAGGGCCGCUACGUUGGGCAAUGUUGUCACCAGCUGCGGCCACCCUUCAAAUGUUCCACCAUAUCCCAGAAGACUAGAGAAAGUCAAAUUUGGAGUACCUCUUGAUGAAGUCUGCAAGAAUGACAUUCCUGGCCCAUUAUUGGUUCUUAUCCUGAAGCUAAACAAGGAAGCACCUUUACGAAAAGAUGUUUUUCGCGCACCAGGACACCAAGGAAACAUGAAGAAAUUGAUUCACUUUUUACAAACGGGUCGUCUGGUCAAUAUGGACAAUUUCAGCGUUUACACGAUAGCUAGUGUCUUGAAGAAAUUCCUCCGCAAGAUACCUGGCGGAGUUUUCGGCCGCGAGGGGGAACAACAAUUAUUUACUGUUAUUCAACUCGAUAGUAUCGAACAGCAAAGGGACCAGAUUCAUAGAUUAAUCACAUCUCUGCCAGUAUAUACACAACGGUUGCUGGUUUUAUUGUUCGGCACAUUUAGGGUAGUAGCAGUUAACAGCGAAAGGGCUCGCACAGGAAUGUCCAGCGAGGCACUAGGUGUUUCCGUUGCUCCAUCUUUUUUCCAGAGUUGCGUGAGCGAUGGAAAAACUGCGAAAAUGGAAGACGUUCUCAGAUUUAAGGCGGAGGUCUCAGUGGCCACGCGAGUUAUGAAAUUCAUGAUAGACAAUUUUGGGGUAUCAAAUUUAUUUGGACGUGAGAACUAUGAAUUUUACGCUCGCAUCACUGGAAGGAUAUUGAAGGUUGAGGAAGACUGGAUUUUCAGUUUUCGAUAUCCUCCUGACACACUGGUUUCAAGACAAUUAUCGUUGGAAGCUGAAAAGACUUGGUUGCAGUACGAGUGUGAAAGAUGGGGACUCAAGUUAAAUUUAGAAUCAAUGUCCCAUCAAGAAGAGUCACAGUCAACACCUGCUUUGAUACAUGUGCCAGAAUCUCUUGAACUUACGUCAUCUCUCGGUAUGAUACCUGAGAAUACAUUACUUGAAAGUUACACAAGACUAUCAGUCAGUCUGGAGGAAAACGGUUUAUUCCAGGCUUCGAGCCGGUCCUCCAGCAAUGGCAGCCAUCAUUCACGUCAUGCUGGAAUGACGUUAGACGAAUUGCGGGCCGUGAAUCGUUAUGCUGAAAGUACCAAGAGUCUCAGCUACCUGCCGCAGGUACACGAGCGCCAAACAGCAAGGAUGCGCACCAGGUCCGAGUGGUUCCUUACUCCAGUUGGUGAAAGAUUAGCGACUACCGACAGUGAUCCAACGGCAAUGCACAUAUUACGUGGUUCGAAUAAAUCGUCGUCUGGGAAUAUAGCUACUGGAUUGAGUGCAAGUGCGGAUUCCGUAAAGCGUUCCAGUCUGCGAAGAACGUCGUCGCGUGAGAAAUCCAGGUUGCAUCGUAGUUCUUCACGCAGAAACAAAGAAAAUGGCGCCAAGGCGCGAGCGUCUGAUACGAGUAAAUCGAGAUCAUUGGAAACGGUUAAGGCCAAGGCUGUGAGAGUAUCGGUGGAACAACCAAUGGAAAGAAUGUCGAAGAACAGCGAGGAUUUACACGCUGACAUCGACGCUUCAAAGGGUAAGGACGUCGCGAUUCAUCAUAAUUCGGAGACUCCUAUUGGGCCGCAAGAUUGCACCGAAAUGGAUGUACAAACGUUUCAUGUCACAUUGACAUACAAGCCAAGAAUUUAGGAAAUUUGCCUCGAAAUUGAUAUUUAAGACACUGGCGCUUUUAGUUUUUUAAGAAUAUUUCUCUUUGUUGGCUCUUAAACACUCCACGCAAUCGCACGAGACAGUGAUUCAAGUUCAAUUUCGAGAUAUUUGCAAUUUUCAGGCAUUAGGCCUGUAGAGACUACAUUUAUUUUAACACCAAAGUGUCAACAUAGCGUUGAGGGAUUUGCGCCAAUCAGGACGAACUUACGUAGUCUCUUUUAAGGAGUCUACCAAUCAGAAUCAUGAACCAGCAUUCCAGAAGCAUUUAGAGAAGGAAGGGGAUGGAAAAACGAAUCCGGAAUUUUUAUUGACUGCAUGGAAUCGUUUUUAUCUUCUUUCUACCUUCUCCAAUUUAAGCGGAGAAUUAUUAUACGUUGUGAAGACUUUAGCCCGUAUUCACAACUCGCUCUUAAAGUCACUAACAGAGUCGCUUGUAGUUGAGAGUCACUAAGAAAAAAUUUAAAAGCGAGUUCUGAAUACGGGCUUUUGUCUUUGAUUAUAUUUCUUGCUUUUGAAUAUUCUCUCUUUUUUUAUUUUUUAUUAUAUUUUUGCCAAACGAGACAGUAUAUCAGCUCUCUGAUUUUUAUAGUAAAAACAGCUAUUUAAAUUAGUAUACAUUAACUUAUUGUAGUUGCCACAGAAAAAGGAAGCUUCACCACCGACUAUCGUUUAAUUAUAUUUAUUACAUAUAUUUUUGUUCUGUUUUUUUUAUUUUUGUUCAAUAAGGCUAUUUUAUUUAACGAACAAUGUUUAUCAUUCACUCUACGAUUCGACAGGAGCAAAACAUUAUGUCAUUGCUUCUUAAACAGUGAUACUUAUUUUUGACAAAUCUUUGUUAUUGUUUUCUUUCUCGCGACUCGCUUUUUAACUAAAUAACUAAUAACACUAAAUUGCAAUUAAUCUAUCGAGUAACAGCAACAUUUUUAUUAUAUACCAUUAAUACGGAAUAGACCAUUUCAGUGUCUAUAUUUUGCACCAAUACGUAGCAUAUACAUCAUAUAAGAACUAUACUGUAACAUUAUACAUUAAUCACAAUUUCAUUUGUCUCGCCUCUAGAGAAUGCAUAAGAGGCAGCUUAUUACUUUGUUUUCAAUACUGGACAGCGUUGCGACAAAUCAUGAGAUAUUAUAUUUAAUAAGCGGCUAUUUUUGCUAGCACCAAAGAAUAUUUAUUUAUAUUUUAUAUUUGUUAAAAGCACCGUUAUUGCCCUAUUCGAAUCGUAGACAUUAAUUACUUUAUUCAAGUUGACUCUUGAUUUUUAUCUUAACUCUAUUUUAUUUUUCAUAAGAAACAGUCUUUUCUGUACGCGACAAGGACCCAGUAUAAUUUCUUACUUGCAUUCGUUAGCUCCUAGAACGUCAUAUACAAAAAAAAAACGGAAUUUAAAGUAAUUUAUCACUUAUGAUUUAUCCAUUCGUUUUUUGUUUUAAACAAAAAAUGAAAUGCUACAAGUAUGCUGCCUUGAUAGCUGUUAAUUAGUUUUGUUCUUAUUAACAAAAUUAUUGUUUAUUAUGACAAUGGUUUUUUUCAUGGAUAAUUUACACAUAUCGAAAAAAACAUGAAAAAAGCUCGAAUUACCACUCGCCAUUAAAUAUUCCUAUAGAGAAUCGGUAUCGAUCACAUUCUUGAGAUUUGAAAAUGUAUAUUUAAUUAGCCGAUAAUAAUUAGUUACCGACCGAUCGUAGUACAAACUUAAAAAUAAUUAAUCGGAAAAAAAUGGACUGACGAAUUUUUAUCCCUCCGACACGUUUUUCUGUCUUUUCGACUGUAUUUUUUUUAAACAAUACUUUGGCGUGUUACUACAAUGAGUCAAUUGACAAUUCCGGCAAUUUUACACGCAACAGUCAUUCUACCGUGCAUAAGAAUGACAACAAUAUUUUCUUUUUUUUAAAAAAAAAAAAGAAACUUCGUCAUUUACUUUAUUUAUCUCUUUUUAUACUGGUAAUAUGAGUGGGAGUGGGGUAGUCGGUAACAGAAACUGGAAAGUUAAGUUUAUAGGAUACGAGCUUAAGAUUUGACCAAUGGUCCAAAAUAAAUGCCAAAGUAGCAAGAAUUUGGUCGUCGUGCGCGUGUGUGAAAGAAAAGGGGAAAAAAAUUGAAUAACUUUCUGCUCUCUGCACGUGGGAAACGACAGUUAUACUGAGACUAGCAUUUACCUUACAAUUACUGUAUAAUUAUCAUUAAUUAUUAUGUCCUCGUGAUAGCGCGUGAUGAAAGUGUCGAUGGGUUUCACGAAAAAUGAAUAAAAAAAAAACAAAAAAGGAAAAACCAAAAAAUUAUACAUGGACGAGAUGUACGCUUGAAUUUUUGUCACCGUAUUUCUGGUUAUCUCUACUCUUUCAUUUCCAAUAUUCGUUUAUACAAACGUAUUUUUAUUGUUAUACAAUUGUUACUGCAUACAGUGUAAAAAACGCGUAUACGCUUUAACAAAGCAGCUGCCCGUGAGAUUCGUAUUUUGAGAAUUUUUGAAUUAACAUUUCAUACGGUUCACACGACGCUCGACGGUGUAGUUCCGUACUAAUUGCGUGCAUACUGUAUACAGUAAUAAACUUGCGUAAUUUCUAGUA